AUGGCAGAAUUUCCUGAUCUUGGAAAACAUUGUACAUUAAAUUCUUGUAAUCAACUUGAUUUUACUCCAUUUUUAUGUGAUAAUUGUAAAAAUUAUUAUUGUGGUAAACAUAGACAUACUCAUGGAUGUGAUAUAGAAGAUAAACAAAUUUCUAAUGAAGAUGCUAAAAAGAAUCCUAUGAAAAUAUUUUUAUGUUCAGCAGAAAAUUGUAAUAAUAAAGAAGUCUUAAGAAUUGAAUGUACAUAUUGUCAACUUAAUUUUUGUUUGAAUCAUAAAAAUCCUGAAGGACAUCAAUGUAAAUGUUUACCAGUUACAAAAGAAAAAGAAACUUUACUUCCUCAGGCAGUUAUUGAUAAAAUUAAUCAAGAUGUAAAAGAAAAAAAAUUAUUAAGUGAUAUUAAGCCAAUUAAUAAAAAAAUAAAAAUUCUUACAGAAAAAGAAAGAAUGAAGAUGGAAAAAAUGGAGACAAUGAGAUUAAAAAUGCGUGAUUCUAAACUUAAUAUACCUGAGGAAGAAAAAUAUGUAAUUUUCUUAACAACACAUGAUCAAAAGAUCAGAGGAGCUCUUGUUUCUAAAUGUUGGAUGUUUGGAAGAUGUAUAGAUGAAUUUAUUAAACAAAAUCCAGAUAUUAAAAUAGAUAUUAAAAGUGUAAAAUUUUUUAAUGAAACAGGUCAAGAAUUAAGUUUUAGUGAUUCUUUAAAAACAAUAUUUCCUAAUUCUGUAGGGAGAUUAACCUAUCAGUAA